GAGUUUGAUUCAGUGCCUGUGUGCUUCUCAGAGCAGAGCUGGGGCUAGUUAAAGGCUUUGUUUCAUCUUCCUCAUUCUAUUCUUCCAUCUCUAAUUAUUAAGUGAUAUUAUUUUUCACAUUCUCUUUUAAUUUUUAAGUUAAAAUUCAAUUACAUUGACCUUUGGAAGCCUUUUUAACAACUUCAUCAAAACAAGAAGGCUCUAGAAACAGCACUUUAAAUAUGUAAAUAUGUAAAUUUUUAGAAUUUACAUAUUUCUUAGAAUACUAAAGGAAUGAGAAAAGACAAGGCUUACAAACACAUUAAUUACAUAGAGAUUUAUUGCAAAAUACUCAUCAAAUACCACAAUUAAGAGGCAGACUGUCUUAGUCUUAUGAGAAUAAAUAAAUCUAAGUGCUACAAAAUGACAAGCAGCUGAAGUAGAUCCAGAAAAGAUGAAAGAGAUAGUAUCUAAAACCAAGAAAGAUAAUUUUUGACAACCAGCUAGGAAACCCCUAGUUUCUCCAGCUGCAACAAAAUUCUGAAACUGAGAAAGACAGAAUGGCCUCUGAGUCAUUGCAAUCAACCCAGUGACUAUGUCCAAGAACAGGAUAUUUUCUAUUUUGGAGAGUCCUGGUUAAGCCAGUUAUACCCAGAUUUGCAUUUUGGUUGGGAAAUUGUUGGAUCUGCCCACCAUCAAGCAUCUAUACAUUCUACUGGGUGGGGCAGCUAGUCCUAUAAAAAAGUGCUAGCAUGAAUGACUGCAACACACUUGGAGCUCAAGCCCCAGACUACGGACAACCUGAUUCCGAGAGUUCAACACAAUGUCUUACCAACAGCAGCAGUGCAAGCAGCCCUGUCAGCCUCCUCCUGUGUGUCCACCUCCAAAGUGCCCAGAGCCUUGUCCUCCUCCAAAGUGCCCAGAGCCUUGUCCUCCUCCAAAGUGCCCAGAGCCUUGUCCUCCUCCAAAGUGCCCAGAGCCUUGUCCUCCUCCAAAGUGCCCAGAGCCUUGUCCUCCCCCCAAAUGUCCUGAGCCUUGUCCUCCUCAGCCAUGCCAGCAGAAAUGCCCUCCUGUGCAACCUCCUCCAUCCUGUCAGCAGAAGUGCCCACCCAAGAGCAAGUGAGUGCUUCAACAGUCACCAGGACCAAGAGAAGAGAAGAA